AUGGCGGACUCUACAAGACAACCUUUACCGCAAUUGCAAUCACAGCAGCAGCAGCAACCACAACCACAACCACAACCACAACUACAGCAACAAUCACAACAGCAUGUCAGUUUCAUCACUCCAACUCCUCCAAAAACAUAUGGCUAUGAUGACGAACCCAUCAUCUUUUCAAAUUACUACGCGCCUCUUUCGCAAACAUUUAAUCCUGAACUUCAUCGAACACGCGCACCAUUAGAUGCUUAUCCUACACCCGAACCAACCGAAUACAAUCAAUCAUCGAACAAUAAUAACAAUCUUAUUACUCACUAUACAAAUUAUGCACAAAGUAACAGCAACAACAACAACAAUAAUAAUAAUGGUUCUAUUUCUACCUCUAAUGCCACUGCUACUACUACCGCCACCGCUUCUACUUCUGCUACUGCAUCUACUUCUAAUUCUACUGUUGUUGCAAUUCCAAAUGCCAUUAGCCCAUUCCAACAACCCCAACGGACAGACUCAUAUGGAGGUUUGACUACUCUUCAUUCUAGCGAGAUCAUUGAUCAGUCCACGUCACACAAUGCAGAAAAGGUCGUAGAGGAAUCACCAAACGAACGUUAUGUAAGACUCAACACACUGCUCGGAAAAGGUGCGUACAAGGUAGUUUACAAGGCUAUCGAUCGAGAAGAGGGAUACGAAGUAGCAUGGAAUACAAUGCAGGCAACUCAAUCACCUAAUAACAAGGAUUUGGAACAUGAGAUCCAGAUCCUAAAGUCAGUCCGUCACCCGAAUAUCAUUGCAUUUCAUGAUGCCUGGUACGGCGAAAACGAAUUUGUGUUUGUGACGGAGCUGAUGACUUCUGGUACACUGCGGGAGUACAUACGGAAGCUGGCUCCGUUGCCAAACAUCAAGAUCAUCAAACGCUGGUCCCGGCAGAUCCUCAAAGGUCUGGCCUAUUUGCACGGCCGCAACCCACCCAUCAUCCAUCGAGAUAUCAAGUGCGACAAUAUAUUUAUCAAUGGCGCCCACGGUGAGGUCAAGAUCGGGGACAUGGGUACGGCCGAGAUGAAACUCGGUAAAAAAUACACGAUCAUUGGUACGCCCGAAUUCAUGGCUCCAGAAAUGUACGAAGAACAAGGUUACAACGAAAAGGUCGACAUUUAUGCCUUUGGUAUGUGCUUGCUCGAGAUGGCCACGGGCGAAUAUCCAUAUGGAGAGUGCACGAAUGCAGCCCAGAUUUACAAAAAAGUAUCAGCCGGUGUAAAACCAGCAUGCCUUCAGAAAGUUCAAAAUCAAGAAGUAUUGCCAGUAAUCACUUCAUGUCUUGGGCCAGAGGAAGAAAGGCAAGAAAUUCUGGAGCAUUCUUUUCUCGCAGUAGAACCGGAUGUCGUCCUGCUAGCUGCAGAUCCAAACCAUGUUCAUCUCACCUUGCAGGUUGUUUUUAAGGGCAUGGACAAAUUAUCAGUCAAAUUUGAUUUCAAUGUUGAAACAGACACAGCUGAAGAGGUUGUUAGAGAAAUGAUUGAGGAACAGGUACUUCCUGAACGUUAUCAGCACCACAUAACAAAGGAAAUCAAUCGUAUCUUGAGAGAUAUUGAUAAGCCAAGUGAAUCAGAACAAGCUGAACAGGCACGCCGUUCGGUCUGGAGAAGAGAAAGUGACAUUCGUUCGGAAUUAGAACGAACCCGUCUUGAAUUGAAGCGAGCCACAGACCGGGUAAUCGAAAUUGAAUCCAGGUGCGAUACUUUUGAGAACCGUGCACGUGCAACUGAAGCACGAUACCGUGAAGCUGCACAUAAUCUGCAAAGGUCUACAGUUGAGCUUAGCCCUGGUGCUUCAUUUUCAAGAGAAGUUUCCGAAAGAGGAGGUCAUUUUCCUAUCUCACCAGAAAUGACUCUCAACAGUGCAAGUGAUUUAGAACCUUUGCGUAGAUCGGAUGAAAAUCCUGCUUCUCGUGAGUUACUUGUGUCUCGGAUACUUGAAGAGUAUUCGGAUGAUACCCCUGUAGAAGAAUUCGUACAAGACUGUGCUUUGGCUGCUCACCGUACCUCUGACAAGGCUUGUGAAUGGAUUGCAAAGCUUCAGAAUCAGGAUAUCAUGACUGUAGGAGAUUUGAGAGAUCUUCAUGAUGAGGACUGGGCAGGCAUUGUUGGCUUGACAGUAUUUGCUCAGCGUGCACUUAAAAACAUGCUUAAAGGAAAGAAACUGUCAUCUCAGCAACAGCAACCAUCAGUAUCACCUACAAAUGCAACUGCAAUUCAUUCCCCUGUCAACUCUGUCACAUUACCAUCUACCCCACCUUCUACAUUUUAUGUAUUUAAUGUCAUAAAAACCAAGCCAAUUAUUAUUAUUAGCAUUUUACAAAUGUGUACAUACUUUAUUACAAAGAUUUUUGUUGAUGUUAAUGGCGUCUUUAUAUAUGAGAUAAAAGAAGGAAAAUGUGUAGAGUGAAAUAAACGGAAAGAAAGAAAGAAAGAGAGAGAGAAACAUAUAAUACAGAUGUGUAAAGGAAACUCUAUUUUGAUUGUCGCUAAUUGCUAAGUGUUGUUACUGUUACUGUUGUUCAAUGCAGGUUAAAUAGAAAAUAAUAAUAAUAAUAUAAAGAAAAGAAAAGGAUAAUGGAAAACUAAAAUAAUAAUAAACACAAAAUAAUAAUAAUGAUAAAGAGAACAAAAGAAAGGUUAGAUAGAUAUGUAGAAAAUUCACAUAUUUUAUCUUCUUCUUUUACUUCUUCUGUUUCUCUUAUUGGGGAUGUUCCUUAAUGUACUUUUGGCACUUCUUUCUCAAGUGGCUGGUUGUCUGCUGGUAUAUGUUGAGUUUCUUAUCCCAGAACAUGGCUUCAUAGUCAUCGCCAUGCUUGUCGAUCAGCUGACCAACCCAAUCCUUCUCAAGCUCGGUCUGGUGUCUGUCGCGCUUCAGGACAUUGGCUGCCUGUUGUUCCAAGGCACGGACCACAUCAGUCUUGGCCUCCACAGGCUCAAACUCUUCCUCCAGAAUCUCGUCGUGAGUCUUUUUUUCGCCAACAAUGACUCGAAGCACAUUUCCGUCGUCGUCACGCUGGAUCAAACCCUCCCCGGGCUUCAAGGUCUUCUUGAG